GGGGCGGGGCCGGGAGGUGACCGGCAUCAUGGCGGGCACGCCGCCGCUGCGCGACCGCCUGAGUUUCCUGCACCGGCUCCCGAUUCUCCUGAAGGGAACAUCAGAUGAUGACGUCCCAUGCCCCGGCUACCUGUUUGAGGAGAUUGCCAAAAUCUCCCACGAGUCCCUGGGCAGCAGCCAGUGCCUCCUGGAGUACCUUCUGAACCGUCUGCACAGUGGCUCCGGCCGUGUGAAGCUCAAGGUGCUGAAGAUCAUGCUCCACCUGUGCAGUCACGGCUCCCCGUCCUUCCUGCUCAUCCUCAAGCGGAACUCCACCUUCAUCCAGGAAGCCGCAGUUUUCGCGGGGCCCCCAGAUCCUCUCCAUGGGAACAGCUUGUCCCGGAAGGUGCGGGCGGCCGCCCAGGACUUGGGGACGGCCUUGUUCUCUGACACCUCGUCCCCUCCACCUCCCUCCCAGCCUCCCAGGGCCUUGCCUCCAGCAGGCAUGGGCUCCCAGUCCAGGCCCCAGGGCACCCUCCAGGGCUUCGGCUACAGCCAGGAACCGGGCCAUACAGGCUCUGCGGGGGAGGCCUUCCUCUCCACCAUCCAGAAGGCAGCAGAGGUGGUAGCCAAUGCUGUGCGCCCUGGGUCUGAGAGCCCCAGUACCAGGAGGCCCCCGCCUCGGGGUGAUGCCUACCAGCCUGCCAUGGCGCCUUCAGCCAGCCAUGCCCACCCAAGUCCCGGGAAUCUGCUCCCCGGAGCCGUCCCGGGUGCCCGAGCCCUGAGACACCAGCCCGGGCAGGCCGGCGGGGGCUGGGACGAGCCAGACAGCAGCCCCAGCUCUCAGAAUUCAUCCCAGGAGAACGGCAACCUGGGCAAGACCUCAGACUCGGGUAGUCGGUCAGGCAGCGACAGCCCCUCCGGGGCCAGCUGGGCCCCCAGCGACCUGGCGGAAAGGGCCGAGGCCAUGACUCUGAGUGACUGCCAGCAGGAGCUGAGCCUGGUCCAGACCGUGACAUGGGGGUCGCGUGCCUUCCUGAGCAGAGAGGAGACCCAGCACUUCGUCAAAGAGUGUGGACUGCUCAACUGCGAGGCGGUGCUGGAGCUGCUGAUCUGCCACCUGGGUGGGACCAGCGAGUGUGUGCAGAUGAGAGCCCUGGGUGCCAUCGCCUCUCUCGGGUGCACUGACCUGCUCCCCCAGGAGCACAUCCUGCUCCUCACCCGGCCACGGCUGCAGGAGCUCAGCGCGGGCAGCCCCGGACCUGUAACCAACAAGGCCACCAAGAUCCUGAGGCACUUUGAAGCUUCCUGCCGACAGCGGCCCCCUGCCCAGAGGCCCCCGGCCGAGCCAGGCACUGCAACUACCCACGCGGGCCCCUCCGACCUGCUGACCGACACUGUGCCUUUCGCCGGGGGCCAGGCAUUCCUGCAGCCUCUGAAUUCAGCCCUGUUCUCACCCAAGGGCCCUGCACAGCCCCCUCCCCUGCAGGGUUCCCCACUUGCUGGGCCCGGGGACACCAGGGAGGCUGAGACCGGACUGGCAGGUUCCAGGGAGCAGGGGCCUGCAUCUGAGCCGGGCCCUUCAGGCACGGAUACCACAGAGGGAGUGCCAGAGCUCGGGCCAGGCCCCAGCGGCUGCCCGUGGAGCCCAGUGGCCAGUGGUGGCUGCAGCUCCUUGUUUGCCGGCAUGGAGCUGGUAGCCUGUCCCCGCCUGCUGGGGGCUGGGACUGCUGCAGGGGAGCCUCCCUCGGCCCCCCAGGCCCCUUGGACGUUGUCACAGAGUGCGGCAGCAAGAGAGCCUCCUGGCUCAGAGCCAUCAGCUUUUGCAUUCUUAAACUCGUGACCGUGUCAGGUGGGCCUCGUGUGGAGUCUCCACAUCCCUGGCCCACGAUUCCCAGAACCCCCUGACUUCGUGCUGUCCCCUCAGCCCACAGCCCCUCAUGUCCCACCAAAGAGUGGUUCCCCUCGGGUGUCUGUGGUUGGCCUCAAUCUCUCUCUGGCCUCUUCCACUCACCCACUGAGGCCUUGGUGCAGGCAGCUGCCUCGCUGGGCAAGCUCAGAGUGGAUGACGACCCAUCCAGUGAAGAGAACAGCCAGCAAUAAACUCUGGGUGAUGCUUCAGGAGUCCAGGAGCCAGCCAGAACCAGCACGGCACUGCAGAAAGGAGUGGUCUUUGCCCACAGGGCUCAGCUCCCCAGCAAGGCAGGUUCCCUGUUUUCCUGCUGGAGGAGGCAGGACCCCCCCCUCCCCCCCCCAACACAGGCUCUUUUUGUGGGUGUGGUGGCUGUGGGAGCAGCUCAUCUGAGCAGCCCACAGGACUUGCAGGGGCCCCAGGAUGGGGCAGAGCUGUGCCGGUUUCUAGGCAGAAUUAGGAACUGAGCUGCUUGGUAAGACUGACGGCUGCUGGGCCUGGCUGCCGGGUCUCCUGCCUCACAGCCAUCUGGUCAGAUGGGCUGACACACGCACAUUGGGUCCUGUCUGCAAAGACUGUCAGGCCCCUCUCCCCAUGGCCAAAGGCAUGGGAGGGGAAGCAGUGGCGGGGGGGUGUUACACGGCCUCUCUGGAGGGGAUGAGAGAGGAGGCAUGGCGACCUCUGGAGCUGUCCAGAGUCCCCGGGCUCCUCAGGCACAGCAGAGCAGGGCGCCCUCCUCUGAGGGGCCAGUCAGGAGGAGACAGGUCACACCCAUGCCUCUCGGCUGAGCUGCCACAGUUGCCAAGUGACGACCUGAGAGGAGGGCUCCAGGCCACCUCGGCCCCCUGUCUCCUUUGCCAGAGGCUGGCCAGGUGGACUGGAAUGCUUACAGCAGCGGGCAGGCAUGCAGCAGGGCCUCAGAGAUGCUGACCCUGGGGUCCUCUGGGGAAACGCUGCCUGCCUUGCCCUCAGAAACAAGGUUUUUUGUGUGGAUUUGGAACCAGUGCUUGGGGCUUACUUUGUUUUUGAGCUCAAAUUCCUCCCUCAGUGUGGGGUUGGAAGCAGCCAUGCGUCUCCUCAUCCAUCAGAGUGGGCCUGUGCUGUCCGGCCUGGAGCUGUUUCCAGUGUCGGAUCCCUGUGUGACAGUUCUGUGCCCUCGACGCUGGCCUCCCAGCGAAGCCUCUGGGCCUGCAGAACCGCAGAAGGUGCAAGGGUCAGCUUCCCAAAUAAACACCUUUUGCACAAAGCUG